UAAUUGGACACGGGAACAGAGGGUUGACAAAAUGGAAUAUAUAAGAGACGACAAGGAGAAGAAAAAGAAGUGGAGGUAAAUUGAGCAGAAUGGGGGAAGAAAUAGAGAUUCAUAGAGAUGUGGAGCUUGUUAAGUCUCCGGGUUUGCAGCACUCAUUGGUUCUCUUCUGGAGGGUAAGCUGGAAGGAUGAUCACGUUGAGCUUACGAUUGAUGCCAACAGAUCUGGUAUGAUUGGUUGUGAUGAAGAAGAUGAAACAACACUAUUACCUUACCAGACUCGCUUUGCCAAAUCUGUUAUUUCACUAGAUGGUGGUGACAUGCCUAAGGGAGUAAUUGAGCGCGUACAUAAGAAGUGGAGUUCAGAGAUGAGUCCUGACAUCAAAUAUUACUCUGAAGAAGAAUACCCUCACCGAGAUUUUGCUCUCUCUUGCGGCAUUCGUGCUUCUUUCUGUUUCCCUUUCCUUUUCAGCCUCAGUAUUUUGGAAAUAGUUUCCACUCGCAACCAGGACGUUGGAACACUCGAGACAUUUUGUAAAUCUUUAGAGUAUUUGAGCGCCUUGAGAUAUAACUUCAGAGACCACGAAUUGUUGCAAGAUUGUAGAAACUCGGUAUUGGAGGCGGUGUUGGAGGCGGUGCGUCAAAGAUUCGAUUUACCUCUUACUCAAUACUGGUACAAUGAUGACUAUAACUACAACUUGCUACACCAAUUCGGUGAUGGCAAUUCUAAAGUCUUAGCAUCUUGGUUUCAGUUCAAAGAUGUUUGUUUGCACAUGUGCUUUCGUUGCCUACUUGGCGUCUCAAAUGAAUCAGCUAGAGCCUUUUUCUGCAACAAUAUAUCAGCAUUAAGCAUUAUUAAUUACCCCUUGGCACAUUAUGCACGAAACUGUGGGCCAAUAGCUUGUUUUACAAUCUACUUGUUUAUUUUAGUUGAAGGAAAAAAUUAUGGAAGCGAAUAUGUACUCGAGUUCUUUCUGCCUUCUCAGGAAGUGGAUAAUGAUUACCCUCAAAACUUGUUGAAUUCCAUAUGGACAACGGUUAAGGAUUCUGUUUCAAAUUGUAAGCUUGCUGCAAGAGAAAGAGAAAAACUAGAACAAGUGUUAUCAGUCAAGGUUAUCAACUCUUCUUCUACCCAAACUGAACCCGCUUCAUUUGAACUUGGUCAACCCCAAAGCUCUCUUCUUCACUAUGAUGGCUCAGAGCUUACUCCCACUUUAAAAAUGUUUGAUAAAGGUCGUGAUCAAAAUAGCAAUUCAAAUUCUUAUGAAGAGGCUGCGGCAGGGGAAACGUCAAUAUUAAAUGAAGCUUCCCAGCCCAGGAGAUCUGAAGAAUACUUCAAAACAAAGGGGAAGACCAUGGCUGCUGAGAGAGUAGAUAAUCUGGUAGAAGUGUCAUCUGAUGAUGAAGACGUUGAACCUGUGACCCCUGCAUCAAAACGAUUGAAGAAAUCUAAAAUACCUUGUACUGUAGAGAAUAUCAGUAAGCAUUUUGGAAGACCAAUAAAAGAUGCAGCAGAGAGCUUCGGUUUGAGUGUAUCGACAUUCAAGCGCAGAUGUAGAGAUGUUGGUAUUGAAUGGUGGGAGUCCAGAACGAGUCAAAAGACAGAUGGUAAAUCGGGGGCAAAAAAUUGUUCAUUAGACACGUCUAGUUUGCAAAAUAGACAUGUUGUUACUCAUUCAAGCCGGGUCUUUAAUAUGAUGACCGUAAAGGUCACGUAUGACGCUGGUACCAUAAGGUUUGAACUGCCUAGUUCAUCAGGAAUUGCGGAGUUGGAGAAUAGUGUGAUUGAGAGGCUGCACUUGAAUAGAAAAAGCUUCAGUCUCAAGUAUCAAGAUGAUGAGGAUGAUUGGAUUAACAUCACUUGUGACAAAGACGUGCAGGAAUGUAUGAAAGUCUCGAGAUCAUUUAACAAACCAACAAUCAAAAUGAAGCUUGGCCCUGCCUAUUAAAAGUUACCCAGGUUGAAGAAAGAUGACCAAUUGAUGCGUGGAAUAUAUAGUUAUCUUGUAAUCUGUAUUAUAACGGAAUUAUAAGUGAUGGUGACCUGUAAUGAAAUAUACUCUUUUUGAAGCCUAAAAA